AUGAAAUUAACAUUGACGCGUUAUCGUAUCCUUUUGGGUUUACAAUUUUCCCUUCUAAUAGCUGACUUAUUUUUUAAUACCUUCGCCCAUUUGUUGUUGCCGCAAAAGUUGCAAUUAACUAUUCUGUUGUUUGUGACAAAAGAUUUAUUUAUAAUAUGCGAAUAUUUAUUCUUUACCUUUGCUGUCCAUGCCACUUGUGUCUAUGAGGUUGGAGCCACUCAUGUCAUUCUUCGAAAUUGUAAAUUCUUCUUGUUUACAAUUCUAUUGUACUUUUUAUUGUCGGUUUCACAACACUUUUGGUUCGUCUAUCAUGCCUUGUGGUAUCCCAUGUCCGAUUGGUCAUCAACCAUGAAGGCUUUAUCAUUUGUUCAAAGAACAGUUUCAUUUUUCUAUUAUUAUACCUACAAACGUACAGCAUUAACCAUAUCCGAUCCAAGGUAUUAUGAGGAAAAUAUUGAUUGGAUUGCCGAACAGCUAAGUGAUAAAUAAAUAAAG